CGGUGUUCAUAGACAAGGCAUGCGUUCAACUCGGAGGACUGACCCUGGAAUAUUUACUGAGAAAACGUGAAACUGAUACACACUUCAAUGUAGCAUAAACCCACGAAGUGGAAUUUAACAGAAUAACUCUGGGUCGAAUGUUUUUACCUUUGUUGUGACAGGACACAUUUCCUUUUGUCCUCUGUAGUAUUUGACAACCUUUGGUGGCCACCCACCUCAACACGUUUGACACAGACCGCAGCCCAUUUGUUGCGUGGUGUGAGGACAUUUGGUCGGAGGACUUCGUAAAAUUUGACUACAACUUCACUUGGGAGAAAAAGCCAGAUAUAAUUGAUAAAGGCAGGCUCCAGUUUGGUCAAUGGGAUGUUAGUGGUCUGGAGGUGUACCAGGACUGAAGGAGCAUGGUGAAGCACCAACCCCUGCAGGUCUAUGAGAGGCAGCUGUGUUUGUCAUGUCUUACAGGGAUCUAUGGGUGCCGCUGGAAACGGUACCAGCGGUCACAUGAUGACACCACCAAGUGGGAGUUCCUGUGGUCUCUCAUCCUCUUCUUCACCUUCUCUCUGCUCCUGGUCUGGUUCUACUUCUGGUGGGAGGCACACAACGACUACAAUGAGUUCAACUGGUUUUUAUAUAACCGCUCUGGGGAGUGGAGCGAUGGGACCGUUCCAAUCCUGGCCACGACCGCUGCCGGCUUCACUUAUAUUGCAUUUUUAAUGAUUUUAGCACUUUGCCACAUAGCAGUGGGACAACAGCUGAACUUGCACUGGCUGCACAAGAUAGGAGUGAGUACUGCCCUUCUGACCACUGCCAUCGGAUUCAUAUCUGUCAAUCAAACAUGGGGGGAGGAGUGGGCAGUCAUCCCUAUAUCACUCCAGGCCACAGGUCCCUUCCUACACCUAGGAGCCCUGGUGGCUGUCACCGCUCUGGCCUGGCUGGUGGCUGGGCAGGUCGCCCGCGCUGAGAAAACAAGGUUCCAGGUGGUGGUUCUCCUGCUCUACCUGAGUGUUCUACUAGGCCUCUACAUGGCCCCCCUCUCCAUCACCUCCCCCUGCAUCAUGGACCACGCCAACCUCAAACCACGCCCUGAUGUCAUUGGCCACCAGGGCGCACCCAUGCUGGCUCCAGAGAACACCAUCCUGUCCUUCCAGAGGGCUCUGCAGAUGAACGUCAGUGGGCUAGAGGCUGACGUGGCCAUCAGCCUUGACGGUGUGCCGUUUCUGAUGCGAGACCGCACCUUGAGGAGGACUACAGACGUGGGGAAGGUGUUUCCUGCCAGACAGCUGGACGAUGUCUCCUCCUUCAACUGGACAGACUUGCACAGCCUCAACGCCGGCCAGUGGUUCCUCAAGGAUGACCCAUUCUGGACGGUCCAGUCCAUGGCUCAGAGGGAGGUGAUGCUGGUGGGGAACCAGAGUGUGUGUAGUCUGGAGCAGCUGCUGAGGCUAGCCGCCCUCCAUAACCACACAGUGGUGUUCAACCUGCGCCGACCUCCGCACGGACACCCCUGCUACCACAGCUGGAUCAACGAUACCCUGGAGGUCGUACGCCUGUCUGGGAUUCCACAGCACCUGGUGAUGUGGACCCCAGACUGGGACAGGGGGCAGGUAAGACAGGUGGCUCCAGGGCUGCAGCAGACAUCAGUAGAGAAGCUGCCUCCUCAGGUCCUUCACCAGCAGGGAAUCAGCAGACUACUGCUACGCUACAGCCAGGCCAGCCCCUAUGACAUCCGAGAGUUCUCCAGGAGCAACGUGAGCGUGACUCUGUACACGGUCAACGAGCCCUGGCUGUUUUCUGUGCUCUGGUGCAGCGGGAUCUCCUCUGUCUCCUCUGAAGCCCCCAACAUCCUCAAAAAGGUGCCUUACCCCAUCUGGCUCAUGAGUCCAGAUGAAUAUUGUCUGAUCUGGGUCGCUGCUGAUCUCAUCUCCUUCACUGUAGUUAUAGGAAUUUUUGUAUUCCAAAACUAUCACAUUAUCAGGUGGAGGUUGAGUGGCAUGCACAGCUACAACCCUGAACAGAUCAUGCUGAGUGCCGCAGUCAGGAAGUCCAGCAGAGAUGUCAACAUCAUGAAGGAGAAACUCAUCUUCUCCGAGGUGAGCAAUGGUGUGGGCAGUGCUGAGGACCUGUACAUGGAGAAUGGCUUCGACUACUACAACAAUGAAGGUAUCUCCCAUUGACUCUCACUCUCCUAAUGUGAAUCUACUGAAAGACACCGACUUUACUAGCAUGUGGAAACCUGAGUAAAUUAAGACUUCCAAGUGACUGUCUUGUGAUUGGCUUGUCUGUUGUUCUGAUUACUCUUGUUUUACUCAGUGCAUCCAGAUAGUUUUUGGUUUGUUCCUCCGAACUACUGACUGAAUUCCAUACAAGCACCACCCAUUGCUUUGUACAUUCUGUAAAAAGGUUUGUUUUUGCUUGUUAUAUAUAUAUAAAUGCACUUUUUAUUGAUGAACCGAUUGAUUCGUCAGAUCUGUGGCCUCUUCUCCUCACCUCUAGAUCAGGGGUGGGCAAACUUUUUGGCUCGAGGUCCACAUCGGGAUUUCUAAAUUCAGCGGAGGGUUGUGCAUAUAUUAUUUUUUUAAACCAAUUUUUUAGUCUGUUUGUUGUCAAAAUCAAUUUGCUGGCCAGAAAAAGGGCAUUUAUUUGAAAAUAUAUUGGUCCAUUUAUAUAGAUUUUUUUCACUCAAACCUCCCAUGGGCUGGGAUUGAAUGGGUUUAUGGGCCGUAGUUUUGCCCACCCCUGUUGUAGAUGCUUUGGAGAACCUAUUUGUUUGUUUCUACACUGUUAUUUGGUUUUCUUGCAGUCACUUUAUAGCACAGCCAAUUCUUAGUUAUUUAGAGGAAUUACUACUUGUGCAGCAUUGCUCCUUUUUCUUGCCUUCUUUGGGCGCUAUUAAAAUUUAUAGGAACAAAAACAACAUGAACAAGCUGUUUACAGAGGUCCUGCCUUCUCCUCCGACUGAGUGAAAUAUUUACAUGAUGUAAGAUAAUGAUUUUAAUAGAUGUUUUGAACAACAUUUCCUUCAUCCAUGCAUGUGAUAUACAAUAUCAAGUGACUUGUGGAGCUGUGCCUCUCGGGCAGGGCUUGUGUUCAGGCAAAACUGAUGAUGUCUACUGGAUGUGUUUUUGUGAUGUUUUCGGUUCAUUGUGAAUGUGUUUUGAUUUUUAAAGGAUGUGUACAGUGCAUGUAUUAUGGCAGUAGAGAUUUCACCCCCUACCCUCAGUGUGCAGUUCUACAUGGAGGGAGUACAUAUUACAGAUGUUUUAGGUGCAAUGGCUGGCUGAGCAUUAUGUUGGAAAUGUGAUCCUGAUGAUGCAUAAUAAUAGCUAUAGUGUUGAAGUUUAUGAAAGUCAUUUAAAUACUUUGCCGACCCAACUUCUCAAUGGCAUUUGAACUCAUGAUGGUAUUGUGGUGUUUGAAAAGAAAAGUGCAUGAUAUCAAUUGGUUUCUAUAGGGUGACAUCAAAGGGUAUCUUUUAUGUAAUGUGAUGAAGUGGGGUGUGUUAUAUUAACUGUGAAAAUAAAGCUGGAGGCUGUUGAAGGGACGACGCUGAGUAUCAGAAUAGUUCACACAGGGUCAAGGAAUGGAUAGACUUGUCAUUUACUCUCAUUUACUUACUAUUUAUGUGCCUCAGAAGUCAACAUUAAAACGCUUUUGAUACCAAAGUGA